AUGUUCUCCAAGCUCUCGCUAUUCGCAGUGUCCGCCCUCAGCAUCCUUGCUGCCGCCACGCCUACCCCCACUGGCACUGAGCCUGCCGGGCAAUGCACCACCGGCCCCAUCCAGUGCUGCAACACCGUCACGCAGGCGAACGACCCCGCUGCCGCCACCAUCCUCGGCUCCCUCGGAGUUGUCCUGCAGGACGUGACGGCCCUCGUCGGUCUGACCUGCUCCCCCAUCAACGUCGUCGGCAUCGGGAGCGGUAGCACCUGCGAUGCGCAUCCCGUUUGUUGCGAGAAUAACUCUUAUGGCUCUCUCAUUUCCAUUGGCUGCGUUGUCGUCGAGCUGUAA